GGGUUCGGCCCCGGGCCCGCCCGCCUCGUCACCCCUGGCACACGGCCUCGGCCAGCGGCCCCGGGGAGGCGGCGGGGCAGUGCCGGUGCCCCCGCAGGCAUCUGGAAGGUUCCGGCUCGCCCGCCCCCCGCCGCCCCGACCCUCUUGCUCUAUAAAUGCGGGCGCCGGUGGCCGGCGCGCUCAGAGGGGCGGCACCGGGGCCAUGCUGGGGGUCUGGCUGCUGCUCUGGGGUUCCGUGGCCCUGGGCGGCCGGGCGGACACCGCCUUCCUCCGCCGCGCCCAUGACAGCUCCGGGCGCUGCACCUACUCCUUCACGGUGGCCAGCCCCGUGGAGGCCGCCUGCCCCGAGGCUGCCGGCGGCGUGCCCGAGCUGCGCGCCGAGCUGGCCGCCCUCGCCGCCCGCCUGAGUCGGCUGGAGAGCCGGGAGCGAGGAGCGGGGGGCUCGGGGCCGCGGGGAGCCGAGCCGGGGGGCGCACGGGACCCCCAGCAAGCGGCCGCGGCCUCCCGCCUGGAGGCUGCGUACGGCGAGCUGCUGCGGGCCAAGUCCCGGCUGGAGGAGGAGAAGGGGCGGCUGGAGCGGGAGAAAGAGGAGCUGGGCAGGCGGCUGGAGAGCAGCGCCCAGGAGAUCACCCGGCUGCGGGCCGCCCGCUGCCCCCCCGGCAGAGAGGGGCCCGGCCGGGACACGCUGCGUGCCCCCGCCAAGGCGCCGCGCUGGGAGCCGCAGCCCCUGAGCUACCAGGAGCUGCAGUCGGAGCGGAGCGAGGUUCCCGUGUCCCGGCUGCUGGAGGAGACGGCGCUCGGCCGCCCGGGCAAGGAGGACUCAGGCUGCGGCCAGCUGCUGUGGGUGGGGGAGCCCGUGGUGUUCGGCCGGGCGGACUCCAUCGCGGGCAAGUACGGCGUGUGGAUGAAGGACCCCGAGCCCGUGCCGCCCUUCACCCGCGACAACACCUGGCGUGUGGACACCGUGGGCACCGAGGUGCGCCAGCUCUUCCAGUACGAGGAGGCCGAGCAGCUGGCCCGGGGCUACCCCGCCAAGGUGCACAUCCUGCCGCGGCCCCUGGAGAGCACGGGGGCCGUCAUCUACCGCGGCGGGCUCUUCUUCCAGCCCCGCCAGUCCCGCUCCGUGGCCCGCUACGACCUGCGGGGCGAGAGCAUCACGGCCGAGAGGGAGAUCCCCGGCGCCGGCUACCACGGGCAGUACCCCUACUCCUGGGGGGGCUACACCGACAUCGACCUGGCGGUGGAUGAGACGGGGCUCUGGGUCAUCUACAGCACCGAGAAGGCCCGGGGAGCUAUCGUCCUCUCCAAGCUGGACCCCGAGACGCUGGAGAUCCGUCGGACCUGGGAGACCAACAUCCGCAAGCGGGGGGUGGCCAACUCCUUCCUCAUCUGCGGCACCCUCUACACCGUCAGCAGCUACUCGGCGCCCAACGCCACCAUCAACUUUGCCUACGACACCGCCACGGGCACCAGCCGGGCCCUUAGCAUCCCCUUCGAGAACCGCUUCCGCUACCUCAGCAUGCUGGACUACAACCCUGCCGAGCGGCAGCUCUUCGCCUGGGACAGCUUCAACAUGGUCACCUACCCCGUCCGCCUCUCCCGGCCGUGAGCCCAGGCUGGCAGUGCGCCGGCUCAGCCCCCGGGCGCUCGGUGCGUGCCUUGGCACCCCGCUUCCCUCCCCCUUUCCCCGGGAGCGCCGCCUCCCGCAGCCUCGGGGCGUGCUGGGGGCCACACGCUGCCCGGCCACAUCGCAUUGAGCUCAAGUGCAGCAGAGAGAGACGAGGCGCUCACUGCUCCAGAGCCUGGCAGAGCCAGGGAAGUGCCUCUCACCAGCCUCGGGGUGUUUCGGGUGGUUCCAGCAGUGCCCAGCCCUGAGCUGCUCCAGCACCUCCCUGAGCACCCAGCCCGGCCAUGAGUGUGGAGCAGGGAGGGCUCAGGCAUGGGAGGGCUGGGCAGAGCAGGUGGUGGAAGGGCUGUGCAGGAGGAUCCUGCCUUAAAAUAAACGUGUUUCCCCUAGUUGUGAGCAGCGAUCCCCUCUGUGGGGUCGGGGUUUGUUGUUUCCAGGCUCCAGCCCUGCAGAGCUCUCAUGCAGAGAUCCCACAAGCUCCGCUGGCAUCCCACACUUCCAGUGCCCAAGGGCAUCCUGGACCUCAGCCACCUCCAAAAAUCAUUGAGUAGGCUCAAAAGCAGCAGAAAACACAGACACACAUUGCACAAGCCUUGUUUUAUUGAGGGAAAAAAGCAGCCAAGAGAGCAGGGGUGAGGAGUGCUGGCAGAGCACCCUGCAGCCGGGUGGCCUCUCGUACCCAGCCCUCCCCGCCAUGUGCUUCAGCUUUGCAGCCAUCCCAGGCCAGCAGCUCUCCCCAGGCAGCCCCAA